AUGGCUGCACCUUUCAUUCUUCUGGUUUUGUGCUGUGAUUUGAGACUGAUCUGCAGUGUGAAUGGUUCACCUGAAUGGUUCAAAAACAUUUCUACAAGUCUUUUCAGUUUGCCUGGGGACGUUAUGCUUGGAGGGCUCUUUCCCAUUAACCAUCUCUCCAGCAACCUCAGCGAGAGGAGGGAACCCAACAACAUCAGCUGUGAAAGUUUAAAUGAAAAUGGACUUGGCCUCGCUCUAGUAAUGAAAUACGCAGUGGAUGAGAUCAAUGGAAACCAAAUUCUGCUCCCUGGGAUUAAAUUGGGUUAUGAAAUCUAUGACACAUGCAGACAAUCUGCCAUAGUUGUGAAGCCAACUAUUUCUUUCCUCACUGCAAAAUCUAACAAAGCACUGUCUGUGGAGUGUAAUUACACCAACUAUGAGACAAGCAUAUCAGCUGUGAUUGGUCCUCAAACCUCAGAAAUGGUGUCCGUCAUUGGAAAACUCCUGGGAUUCUUCCUGAUGCCGCAGAUUAGCUACGGUGCAACCAGCGACAAAUUCAGUGACAAUAUUCUCUACCCAUCAUUCUUCCGUACGGUGCCCAGUGACAAAUGGCAAGUGGAUGUCAUCGCACUCCUACUGAUAGAGUUUAAAUGGAACUGGGUGGCAGUGGUCGGCAGUGAAGAGGAGUAUGGGCAACAAGGUGUGCAGCAAUUUUCCAAAAUAGCAGAAAAGAUGUCUGUAUGUGUGGCCUAUCAGGGGUUGAUUCCAGUAUACACUGACCCUGGACCAGCAAUCAACACCAUCAUUAACAAUAUCCAAACAACCAACGUUGGAGUGGUAGUGGUCUUUUCUCUCACAGAGCCAGCUGAGGCCUUUUUCAGAGAGGUGAUCAGGAGGAAUGUAACUGGUGUGUGGAUUGCCAGCACAAGUUGGGCCAUCAGUAAUCGCCUGACUUCCCUCCCCAAUAUCGAAACAGUCGGUACAAUCAUUGGAUUCACUGACAAGACACAGACCCUGGAUAUGCUCACUACUUAUGCACAGACGCUCUUCAUCAAACUAAGCGAGGAGAGGGAGAAGUCGCCCCAUCCAGAACUAAAGUCUGGCAAUCCAGACAAUCCUUGCCCACAGUGUUGGAACUUAUCACCUGCUAAUAUCAGUUUGGUGACAGACCCUGCAGUGCAGCGCACAGCUUUCAGUGUGUAUGCUGCCAUCUACAGUGUGGCACAGGCACUGCACAACCUGCUGGGAUGCAAUUCAACUGCCUGUACGAGAGGAUCUGAAACGAAAAUCUAUCCAUGGAAGCUGUUGGGGGUUUUGAGGAAUACUUCUGUAAACAUAAGCGGCACACAUUUAAUAUUCGAUAGCAGUGGCAACCCUAACAUAGGAUACGAUGUCAUUGAGUGGAUCUGGAAUGCCUCGGAUGUAAAUUUUACAGUUGUUGGAAGCUUUUCUAAACACCUGUCCAUCAACAAGUCCCUCUUCAAAUGGCACACUGAAAACUCAGAGAUUCCUCAGUCCACAUGUUCAGCAGCUUGUGAGACAGGCCAGGUCCGCAGAGUCAAAGGCUUCCAUUCCUGCUGUUUUGAUUGUAUCGACUGUUUGCCAGGCACUUACCAGGCAAAUAAAGAUGACCUCCAGUGCACUAGAUGCCCUGAAGGUCAAUGGUCCCUGAUCCGCAGCACCAAUUGCACUAAACCCACCUUUCACGUUUUGUCCUGGAACACACCUGAAGCUCUGGAAAUGACGCUGGCUGGGGUGCUGUUGCUGCUGUGUCAGGGGUCAGCCGGAGUCGUGUUCCUGAAGCACAGGGGGACUCCGUUGGUAACGGCCUCGGGUGGAGCCCUGAGUUUUUUGGCUCUUCUCAGCCUGAUGGGAGCCUGCCUCAGUCUACUGCUCUUCCUGGGGCAGCCGGGAGACGUGGUGUGUCGUCUGCAGCUGCCCCUCACCUCCAUUUUCCAAACAGUCGCCCUCUCCAUUAUCACAUCCAUGUCACUACAGAUAUUCUACGUGACAGAGUUCCCAAAGACAGCUGCUGCUCACCUGCAUAUACUAAGAGGCCCUGGGAGCUGGCUGUUUGUGCUGGUCUGCUGUGCUGUGCAGGCUGGUCUCUGUGGCUGGUUUGUGCAGGAAGGGCCCUCACUGUCUGAAUAUGUGGCAGGAAUGAAAAUAGACUUUGUAAGGGAUUUUCUGUCAUGUCCAGUGUUACCUUUGAUUGGGUUUGCCUUAAUGCAAGGUUUCAAUGGUGUAAUGGCUCUUAUAUCAUUCAUGUGUACCUUCAUGGCAGUGAAGCCUAUUCAUCAGUAUAACCUUGCCAGGGACAUCACCUUCUCCACCCUGAUUUACUGUGUGAUUUGGGUGACUUUUAUUCCGAUCUACAUAGGCUUGACUGGCAAGAAUAAACCCAUUGUACAUGUUUCUUUCACCCUGGCGAGCAACUUAGGACUGGUGGCAGCCUACUACUUCCCAAAAUGCUACUUGUUGUUGAGGAAACCUGACCUCAAUAAACCAGAGUACUUCUGUACCUUUCUAGAGGGCGUCCCACCAACACCAUGUCAAGAGGAGCCACAGUCAGGGCAAUAAAAAGGGACACAGUCUCUAUGAUGGUUACUACAGUGCAAUUUUAUUAAUAAAAACCCAAAUAUAGAAUAUAUAAGAAUAACCUGUUCUGUAAAAUGUACAUUUCUACUCUUUGUAUGUGAACAAACAAUGUGUGUGCAUAUUAUAACUUUGGCCUGAUGGCUAUGAAACUUACUGUUACAUUACUGCUACAUACCAUAAGUUUUUUUCCUUUUUUGCUGAAUUAAUACGUAAUCAUAAACAACAUAAGUCACGUGAACUGUUCAUGUACAAAGUAUAGAAACAGUCCAUUUUACAAUUUAAAUGUGUAUUUUGUAUAUUUUCACAAUAAUAGAUACUCUACAAUAGGUUGAUAGUCGAUUCUGUAAUCAAAAAUCCUCUUUAACAAAAAUUCUUCAACAGUUUGUGUUGUUAAUGUUGUUAACAGCUCCACUGGAUAACAAUAAAGGUACAAUU